AUGAAGGGAGAGCAAGAAGUUUUAUUUGGUCUUGGCACAACAUUUAAACUUGAAUCAAUUGAAAAUGACCAAACUUUAGAUUUGUGGAAAGUGCGUCUCAUAACAACCGACGAAGGCUCCGAACGAACACAAGAAUACAUACAAGCACAAAAAGAGAUGAUGAAAGAGUAUAGCCCACUGAUAAGUUUUGGACGACUUUUAUGGAAUGAAUUAGGUCAAAUAGACCGAGCUGAAAACUAUUUUAAAAAACUUCUAAGGUCAAUUCCUUCAGAUCAUCCAGAUAUUGCCGAUAUUUAUAAUGGUAUUGGUUGUGUGUACGCUAAGAAGGGUGAAUUAGAUCUAGCAUUGAAAAACUACAAUGAAGCUUAUGAAAUCAGAAAACGAGCACUGUGUGCUACUGACCCAAAGAUAGCCGGGUCUCUACAUAAUAUUGGUGCCAUUUAUAGAGCUCAAUGUAAAAUUGAUUGCGCUCUUGAUUCAUUUUGUCAAGCUCUAAGUAUUCAUGACAAAAAUUACAAUGGAGAUCACGAGGACAAAGGUUAUACAAUUGAAUCAAUUGCUUUGGCAUAUAAAAGUAAAGGGGAGUUUGACACAGCCCUUAUAUGGCUCAGUAGAGCUCUUGGCAUGUACAUGCGACUUUUUCCUUCAGAACAUCCUGAAAUUGCCAAAUGUCUAGGUAGUAUUGGUAGUGUUUACGAAGAAAAAGGUGAACUUAACAAAGCUCUAGAUUACUAUUAUCGUCAGUUGGAAAUGGAAGAGAAAUGUCUUCCUCCUGAUCAUCCUAGACUAUUAAAGCAUCUCGAUUGGAUCGCACGAAUAUACAGUAAGAAAAAUGACCAAGAAAAAGUGCUGACUCUAUAUCAAGAAAAAUUAGCGAUGCAGCGUAAAAUUCUUGAUGAAAAUCAUCCAAAUAUUGCUUCGAGACUCAUGAAAAUUGGGGAUCUUCUUAAAUGUUAUGCAGAAUACUAUAGUCAAGCAUUGAAUAUUCUGGAAAAAUGUACGCAUCCAGAUUCAUCACUCCAAAUUAAAUGUCUAGAUAUGCUGAGCACAGUGGCACUAAAUCAGGGUGAUUCUCAAUUGGGUCUCAAACAUCAGCUAAAUAUUUUUGAUAUCUGUCGUGAUAUGUAUGACCCAAACCAUCCUAAUAUUGCUUCUCGGCUGCAAAAGAUUGGAGACAUCUAUUUAGAAUAUGCACGUAACUACGAAGAAGCUUCUCGUUAUUACUCUGAAUGCUUGGCUAUCUAUCAAAUUAUUUACAACCCUCGACGUAAAGAGGUCAUUGAUAUUCAAAAUAAAAUUGUGAAAGUUCAAGCCAGACUGACUGGUGAAAAUGAACAAACGAAGCAAGACGAUAACAAUGAUAAUGAGUUUUCUCUCUUCGAUUAA